AUGUACGCCCAAACUGCUGAAAAACUUUUUCAGUGUUCAUCCUGUGAGAAGGCGUGCAUUAAAAAUAUGCACUUCCUGGAGCACAUGCGCAUCCACACCGAUGAAAAAACUUUUCAGGGUUCUAUUUGUAAGAAGACGUUUACUGUAAAGGAGCACUUGCUGGAGCAUAUGCGCACCGACACUGGUGAAAAUGUGGCGCUUCUAGUCUUCCUGUACGUAUCAUGCGACGGAUAUCCUCAAGGUAAACCUGACGGCGUUGGCAAAGGCAAACCUGACGGUGUCGGCAAACCCGACGGCGUU